AUGAGGAUCGCCAAGAGCUUUUCGUCGACCGCGUUGAAACCUUUCAAGAGUAAAGCGGACAAGGGUGGGAGCACUACUCACCUUUGGCUUCAUGACAUUGAAGCAACGAAAUCCCAUGAAUUCCCUCCGUACGUCGAAAAAACUUCAUCCGAGCAGAAGCUGGAAUGGCUACGGUCUCAAAUUAUCGGUAACCACAUCGAGUGCCCAUCUCCCUUCGGAAAAAGGCUCAUUUCCUACGCCGAUCACACCGCGUCGGGCCGGAGCUUGCUUUUCAUCGAGAAAUAUAUUAUGCAACACCUCCUUCCUGUAUACGGAAAUACGCAUACCGAUGACAGUUUUGUGGGCCAACAGACGACUCAUUUAGUCGAGGAAGCCAGUGCUUACGUCAAGAGAUGUCUGGGAGGUACCGAAAGGGACGCAAUUUUCUUUUGCGGAACUGGUACCACUGCGGCGAUAAAGAGGCUCCAAGAAAUUAUGGGUAUCGCCAUUUCUUCCACUCUGAGAGAGCAAACGUUGGCAACAAUUGAAAAAGGCAUGAGAUGGGUGGUCUUUGUCGGUCCCUACGAGCACCACUCCAAUCUGCUCUCGUGGAGACAAAGUUUGGCCGAGGUUGUGGAGAUUCCGCUGAGCGAAGAUGGGCUCAUCUCUAUGGACGAAUUGCGAGCAGCCCUGAAGAAUCCUCUGUACGAAGGCCGGCCUAAGCUGGGCUCGUUCUCUGCCUGCAGCAACGUGACCGGCAUUGUGACCAACACGCGGACCAUAUCGAAACUUCUGCAUGCUCAUGGCUGCUUUGCCUGCUUCGACUUUGCCGCCAGUGGUCCCUAUGUGGAGAUUGACAUGCGAUCGGGUCAACCAGACGGAUACGACGCCGUGUUUUUGAGUCCUCACAAGUUCAUGGGUGGCCCUGGCACCGCCGGCGUGCUGCUCAUGAACAAGAGUCUCUACCUUCUGGGAACAGGUCCGCCAUCUACUUGCGGCGGUGGCGUGGUCGACUUCGUCAACCUUGAUGAGCGGAAAACCAUUUACUACAACGAAGUUGAGAAGCGAGAGGAUGCUGGCACUCCGGGUACGAUCCAAAAGGUGCGGACUGCGCUCACCUUCUGGGUGAAGGAACACAUUGGCACGGAUCUCAUAUCAUCGAGAGAGACGCUUCUGAUCGACAUGGCCAUGUCCAGAUUCAGCUGCAACCCCAACAUCAAGAUCUACGGCGGCACGAAAGCCAAGCGCAUUGCAAUUCUGUCCUUCACCGUCUACACGACGAUGGGGCCAGCAGAGGAUCUGUUUUCCGGCCUCUUUGGAAGUAAAGGAGCAGGAAGCCCCCUGCUCGUGGCUGACGGCAGGGCCAGUCCGAUGCGGCUGCUCAUGAAAGGGGGAAGGCGGAAUGCGCUCAUCAAUUCCAUCAAGACUCAUGGAUCCGGGAACCAUCCGAUCAAGCAAUUCAUCAGCCUGAAGAAAGAGCAAGAUGCACCGAGAGGAAAACCCCUGCACGGUCGGUUCGUCACCAAGCUUCUGAAUGAUCUGUUCGGCAUACAAGGACGCGGAGGAUGUUCUUGCGCAGCGCCUUACGCCCAUUCGCUUAUGGGGAUCAGCGACGAGCUGUCCCUGUCCAUACGCGACGCAAUGGUGGAGGGAUGGGGAUGCGUGAAGCCCGGAUGGGCGAGGGUGAGCUUCGCAUAUUACAUGACGACCGAGGAAUUCGAGUUUCUCGUGGCCGCCAUAGAGUUCAUCGCAGAAUAUGGUCAGAGGUACCUGCAGUUCUACGAUUUCGAUUGGAAGACGGGCAACUGGACAUUCCGAGAGGAGUUCAGGAAGCUGAUCGAGGUGGCCGAGAGGUACGUGUUCGGAAAAGACAAGCAGCACUGGUGGUCGGGCUCUGAUGCACCCCCGAGUUGCUUCGCCCGCCCUCCCCUCUCGACGCAAGCGCUCACCGGCAAGCUCGCCCCGAGCCUCCUGAGCUACUUGCAGUUGGCCCAGUGCAUCGCCGAUUUCCUCCCGGAUCAGCCGCCCGUCCGAGACAUGCCGCAAGGUCUCGACCCGAACCUUCUCACGUUCAGGGUCUGACAGCAUCUCCUCCUUGCGAGCAGCAGGCCAAACUUAUUCUUUUGGAGCGCCGCCGACUCGACUGCUGGUGCUUCUGUCAGAUGUUCCAUCUGUAGAUCUACAUAUUAUCUGCUAUUUAUCGGGCUCGUGGGCUCCCCCGGGGAUCCUGCGAAACUAGAACACUGAACUGUGAAGUAGGAAGUAGAUGCUCAGACUCGGGCUGCGGCCUGGGUCGGGACCGAUGUGAGUGGUGCUGUUCGAAGAGAUGCUGCGGCUACCGGGGGCACAUUCGUCGACACCUCGUAGUCGACCGGCACACCUUCGAGAUCAGCCAUAAUAGUGAGUAAUAAUUGGGUUCAUGGCUCGGUUCAGAGUUCAUGGAGCUGUUCCAAGAGAUGCUCGAAGCAGUCCAAGCUCCGUGACACAUGUGGGGGCCUCCUGCGGGACCGCUAUGACUUCCAUCACCCAUGAGGUCAAUGAGGGUUGACCUCCGGAAAUAGAGAUCCGACAUUGUAUGCGUGUCAGUCAUGUUGCUCAUGACGAGACUGAGCUACGUGCUAUUACGUCCAAGCGUCCGACAUGCGGACUAUGAUUUGUCGCUUGGAGGAUUCUGAACCACUAUUUGUCCAGCUCCACGGACGGACCUGGACAAAUCGCUGCGCCUCUCGUAGCAUGUUGCACUCCUCGCUCAAGAGAGUUCUGCAAGGGAGAGUUCACUGCGAGAGGGUUCCGAGUCUGAGAAGCGCCUACCUCGCGAGGACUCUAUGUAGAGUAUAAUUAGUGUAGGAAUAGGUGUAUGGAGGUAUGGGUACCAAGUAUUGGCUGUAAACGUAUCUUAUAGGAUGUACGCCGUAGAAGAUACGUGUGGACCGGGAACUUUGCAUCGACUCAAGGUUGUCUUCGAUGACCCAGAUCUAUAUCUGGGUCAUGAGUUAGUUCCUUUCGUCUCUCGGAUUUCACCUCCAGCCGCACCUC